AGUGUUAUUCUGAAUGUUAAGCAGUGCACAAGUCGAUCUCGAUUGAUAAGCGACGCAUACCAUGCAGAUCUACGUGUGGACUUGCGCACUGCUACUAGCGUGCGUUAGUGCGAACAACUCUGACACGCAGUAUGUGAAGUCGGUUAAAGGCGGCUUUGGAGGAAAAGGCUACCAGUAUUAUGCUGGUGAAAAUUUUGCCAAAUAUUUUGGCAACCAUACUCAGCAAAGCUAUGAUCUGAGGCAGAACAUGGGUGAAACUGUUACCAACGAAGUCGGCGUGUGUUACAUCGAAGUACCGACAGCAAGUCUGGUAAGAGAUCAAGCCCACAUUCCAGCCGGGAACGGGUCACGGCCUGACCUCAGUCGCAUCAGAGCUUGCUGUAAAGGAUACAUCAGAAACAUACAUAACUACAGGAUCUGUGAUCCUGUAUGUUCACAAGAAUGCGUCAAUGCUCUGUGCUCGGCACCAGAAACGUGUACCUGCUUCCCCGAUCACGUGAAAAAUCUAGCGGGAUUCUGCGUGCCGACCUGUCCAAUUGGCUGCCAAAAUGGUCACUGUGCUGGUGGGGAAUGUCUCUGCAAAGAAGGCUAUAGACUGGAUUCAGAGAGCAAAUACUGCUUGCCAAGCUGCAGAGAGAAUUGUGGCGGUAUCGGAAACUGUACUGCACCCAACACCUGCGAAUGCAGGAACGGCUAUAAAUCAACUCCAGAGGGUUCCUGCAAGCCAGUCUGUGACCGAUGCAUAAACGGUGACUGUGUUGCUCCAAACGAGUGCCGUUGUCGCCAAGGUUACGACAAUAACAGGGGAGAAUGUGUACCGCAUUGCAGUCAAGGAUGCGCACCAAAUGGUCGCUGUGUCGCUCCCAACGUUUGUGAGUUCCCUUCAACUACUACCACAUCAACAAUCCGUCCUUCAGUUGGCCUGCCAAACCAACCAGGUCAAUACCCAUAUCAACCCGGCCAAUAUCCCAACCAGUACGAUCACUCUAAGUUUCAACCUGGUCAGUCUCCCUACCAGCCAGGCCAACAUCCGAAUCAGCAAGGUCAACCGCAAUAUCUACCUGGUCAAUAUCCAAACCAACCUGGCCAAUAUCCCAACCAGCCCGACCAAUCUAAGUACCAACCUGGUCAGUCUUCUUAUCAACAAGGUCACCAUCAAAAUCAGCCAGGUCAACCACAAAAUCAGCAUGGUCAAUAUCCAAACCAACAGGGGCAGUAUCCAAACCAGCCGGGGCAGUAUUCUAACCAACCAGGGCAGUAUCCAAACCAGCCGGGGCAGUAUUCUAACCAACCAGGUCAACAUCCGAACCAACCAAACCAAUCACAGAAUCAGCCUGGCCAAUACCCUUACCAGCCUGGACAGUCACCGAAUCAAAAUAUGUAUCAACCCGGUCAAGACCACCAACCUGGAUAUCCAUUGUACUCAGGAAGUCAACACAUCUAUCCUGAUGGCGACGUGCAAGUUCAGUGCACUGUGACCUGCAUCAAUGGUUUUUGUGUUGAAGGGAAUAAAUGUGCUUGCAACCAUGGAUAUGUUAUGGACAAGGAGGAUCCUUCUGGUACCAGGUGCUUACCAAACUGUCCUGGUGGAUGUCCCAACGGCACCUGCUCGGCUCCUAACUUCUGUAUUUGCAAUAUGGGCUACUUUAAAGACCACAGCGUUAAGGGUAAAGCUGUUUGCGUCAAACGCAACCGCAGGUCUAUCGAUAUUGACCAGGAGGAGCCGGUGGAUGUCGCCAAAUUACUUGUUUUUAAAUUACCAGAGUAUUGAAGAUAAAUUUAUUUUCUUUAGAUUGUUGUCCUCAUUAGCUUAAAGUGCAGCAAUAUUAUACCUUUAUUAAAUUUUUAAAGUA